AAACUCUUGAAUAUUCUUUUAAUGAUAAAUUAGUGUAAUAAUAUUUGCCAAUUACAAGUACUGCGUAUAUUUAAACAUUAAUCAGUUCUUUUGUGCCGAACUGAAGGUCAAUUACAUUCGCAUUCCAAACGGUGACGACAUCACUAUUUUUGUUUACAAUUUCAUAAGCAAACGUAAGCAUGUCGGAUCUCUCCUAUCUCGAAACGAUUUCCAACAAAGAGCUGCACGCUAAAUGCCUGGAAUAUGGGCUACCAAAUAUACCGGUCACCGAUACUAGUCGCAAAGUAAUUUUGCGUCGUUUGCGCAACACUAUUUUAGGCACAGAAAACAAAAAAACUGCUGCCACAAAGUCGCCAAGACGUGAAACCGUACACAGCAGUAAGGCGACACCGACAGAUGCCACAAACGCGAAUGAGCCGCGAUCGGCAGAUAAAGCUCCGAGGCGCAACAACAACAUAAACAACACACGGCGAACUAUUGCUGCCACGCCUCAAGAAUAUUAUCCGCUAGAAAGCUCAUCUGUGCGCUCUGUACAAACAACAACAACAGUGUCCGAUGUGGGUUCAUCAGAGGAUGAUGAUUACUACUACCAAAUAAAUACGCCAACAAGCCUUAAGUCCCAGAGAGACGAUUCUCGUCAGCGUCGUUCUGUCUCAUUAAGCAAAUCCGGCGUUUUAACCACGUCAUAUACACGCGAGGUGGAGAAGCCGCAUUACGAGGAAGAGCCCGACGAAGAGCCACAAAGUUAUACAUAUCAGCGACCUCAGGCGACUACUACAGCACCUGCAUUCAAGCUACCCGUAUAUGAGCAGCCCAUUGAACGCAGCUAUCGCCCAGAACUGUCUCGGCAAAAUUUGACCCAAUCACAGCUGAAUUCAACCAGCUAUUCUGAAGCACCUAAUGAAUUCCCUGAAACUCGCAUGCAACAGGCGUAUCGGAAUACUUUCAGUGGCUCGGCGGCGCCUUUCAAUGCGGCUAAUACAACAACAACAUCAGGAAUACGACAGCGUCCAAGCCAUGUAGAAACCGGUGCUGCCAGAGCACGCUUGCCCACAUACAAGGUCAACACAUUGUAUCCCCAGCUGAAUGAUUUCUACGAUCAGCACAACAACUCUAUUGAGCCGAUGGACACAGAAUCCGAUAGUGAAUACGAACCGGAAACUCAACGCCAGCCCCAGCAGCAGCGUUCAUCUGGCGGCAAUCUAGAAUCACCCUACUUGAGUCAUUUUUCGCGCCAGCUGGAUACAAGAAAGAGAUCUUCACCGUUGGCCAGGCCUCAAAUACGUACAACUGUUCGCCAAGAGGAUCCAAAUGCUACCAGGCAGAAAUUUCGAGAACUGAUGGAGUCCCUAGAUCGUCAAUAUAAUCUCAAGUUUUAUUUCUGUCUAACGGUGGCAGUCAUAUUAGCCACGUUAAUAUAUGUGAUAGUCACUCCCGCUGUCUAAAGCAACGUGAGAACAUCUCUAUAUAUGAUUAUGCAUGAAUAUUAAUCUGUAAAAGCAUUGUAUGUGAAAUUAUGAUAUACACAACAUUUUAAAAUAUUCCAUAUGAAUUAUUUCUAGAAAGUUCUCAACUUUUGGUCAUGGCUUAACUUAGAAUAUUCUUGUGUACAGACACUGUAUUUAAAAUUGCUAUAAAUGCAUAUUAGGUAAAUAACGAACAAAAAAUAUAUUACUGAUUCUAUAUAAAAAUAAAUAAUUUCUGACUGACAUGAUGAAAUCGGAAGCAUCUUAAAAGAUAACCAAAAAAAAAUAAGAUUUUGUAACUUGCCAACUAAAUAUUUUCUUCCUAUGUUUCUUGAUUAGAUCUUAUGUCUUAUUUUUGCCUAUCUAUAAUAAUAUAAUUGUAGCACAGAAUUUGGUAUUUCAUUGUUGCUAUUAAAUUAUUAAAUAAAACACGAAAAAACAAACCCAUAGUCUUCAAAAUAAUUGACUUGCUGUCAGCUUUUUUUUUAGACUGGGAAACCAGAAUACAUUUUUAGUUUCAGAAAAAAAUUUUGAUAUAUCCUUAAAACAAACUGCAGCCUUUUGGUUAUUGACGGUUUUCGAUAUUUUGCUUUUUUUUUUUUUGGCUAAAAUUUACUUUAAUUAUGUUGAAAGAUAAAUUUGUUCCAAUGAAACAGUGAAAUUCAUCCUUAGCCUUGCCUCUUCUGAACAAUUUUUCUUCAUUCUUAAUCGUUUUCAUUUUAUUUUUUAUAUUUUUAUAUAUAUAAUUAGAAAAAUGUACUACAUUACAAUUAUUUUAUUAAAUAAACUAGUUAAAUGUAAAUCCUUUUGUUUUUCAGUAUCCUUGUUUUCUUGUGUGUGCUUCAGUUAUCGGUUUUAGUCUUUAUGCUAAUAUAUACAGGCUAUUUUAGAGUUGCAACACAAACAAGUGUAAAAUCGUAAAGCUUGAAGG